AUGCCUCGUAAAGCGGUCAGAACAGCGGCAGCUUCUGCUUCUAGGAGCUCUUCUAAGCGUCCUGCCCCAGACGCACCAAGCAGGCAGUCGAAACGAGCCAAAGCGGCAGCGCGACAAUCCUAUGUCGAAGCAAACACAGACACGGAAGGCGAGGGCGAUGCAGCGUCGUCUAAUUACGAGGACCCCAACGAAAAGGAUCAAUCGUCCGACGAAGAUACAGAUGAGUCUGUUAGCGAGGAUGGCACAAACGCAAAGCAGGUGACCUCGCGAGGGCGGCCGGCAAAGUCCAAGAUACUACCAGUGCACAGGAAGCAUGCAGACGAGAAAGAGCUGUGGAAGGCGGGAGCGAAGCUCGCACCUGGAACGCAGAUCGUCAUCAAAAAGCCCAAAGCUCGAGAUGCAGGCGACAUCCCAUACACGGACGAGACGAUCCAUCCAAACACCAUGUUAUUCCUCCAGGAUCUUGCCGCAAACAACGAUCGCCAGUGGCUGAAAUUGCAUGAUCCUGAUUAUCGAGUGGCCUUUCAAGAUUUUAGCACUUUUACGGAGAAGAUGUCAGAAAAGAUCAUAGAAGCAGACGAGACGAUUCCGGAGCUCCCAGUGAAGGAUGUGAUCUUCCGCAUCUACAGAGAUAUACGGUUUUCCAAAGACCCAACUCCCUACAAGACAUACUUCUCUGCUGCAUGGUCUCGAACAGGUCGAAAAGGACCCUACGCUCAUUACUACGUCCAGAUUCAACCGAACGGUGGCAGCUUUGUCGAAAUGAUGUCGGAGCCCACAUGUGGACAUAACGAUCCAGCAUGCAUUAGUCUCCGGCUUGGUGCCAUGACUCUCGAUGGUUGCACAAUGGCCUUGUUAGCACAAUCGGAACUCGGCCAAGCUACCAAUGAUUGCCGGAUCCCCUGGCCCUCUUCAGCCUGCCGCGUGCGAGAUCUGGAGGCCCGGGUACGAAGUGGCGGAUACUGGCAGCCAGACGCUGCAUCGCUCAGCAAGCUUCGUCGUGACAUUGAUCGAGCACCGGAUCAUCUCAAAUCUGUGCUCCGAAACGAGGGCAUCAGAAAGGCGUUUUUGCAUGGUGUACAAGAUGAUAAUAAGAAGGUUGUCAAGGCAUUUACCAGCUUACCAGGGAAUCAGUCAAACGCAUUGAAGCGCAACCCCAAGGAUUAUGCUCAUGAUCACAAAGACAUUGAGCUUCUUCGGCUUCGUAGCUUUACGAUUGGGACGAAGCUGGCUGAUCAUGAGGUAGUUGGGCCUGGGGGCCUUGAUCGAAUCGCAGAGCUGGUCCGUUUGAUGGUGCCGGUGCAGCCAACAGAGCAGCAGCCUCUUUUGCAGCUUGAUGUGCUGGCACUGCAGUCACCCGCACCAAUCUCGUACUUGAAUGGCGUUUGCAUGCCCGAUGACGAGAGUUCAACGUCGAGUGCAGACGAGAACGAGAACGCGGCUGCAGAGAGCGAUGGGGACGAAGGAAGCGAAGGGUCGAGUUGA